GUGUGCCAUAGACAGUUUUCAGUCAUUAUAAGAAGUUUCUGUGCAUCAUUUCAAGACAGAUUUUUUCUAGUUUCUUUUCUUACAAAAAAACCAUCUCAUGAUUCAGUCUGCAUAUUUUCAGCAAAUUAGAAUUAGUUCUCACUCAUUGCAUUUUCCUAUACUAAAACUCUCCAAAAAUCUUUACGCUCUCAUUGCACUAAUCAUACACUAAAAAAAUGCCAUUUCUCCCUCAAUUGUUUGUCUACACACUUCUUGCUCUCUCAUCACCAUUCUCAUCCACCAAUGCUGCACCAAACCAUAGGAGGUCUAAAAUCCAUCACACGUUCGACGUUGAUCCUUCCGGUAAGGGCCACUUCACGACGAUCCAAGAUGCCAUAGACGCCGUCCCUUCUCACAACCAACGAUGGACUUGCAUACGCAUAAAAAAGGGCGUAUACAGGGAACAAGUUAGCAUUCCUUAUUACAAGCCAUUCAUCUUCCUGAAAGGAGAAGGAAAGAGAAACACAUACAUAAGCUGGGAUGGCCAUGAUUCCAUUGCAACUGGUGCCACCUUCUCCUCUGAUGCUGACAACACAAUAGCACAAGGCAUAUCAUUUGUUAACUCUUACAACAACGCAACUCACAAUCCGAUGAGGCCAGCAGUUGCAGCCAAGAUACAAGGCGACAAAUCGGCCUUCCACAGGUGCGGAUUCUACGGCCUACAAGACACGUUGUGGGACGCCCAAGGCAGGCAUUACUUCAAAGAGUGCACCAUCCAAGGAUCAGUGGAUUUCAUCUUUGGUGCAGGCCAAUCCCUCUACGAGAAAUGUAGCAUCUCAGUAGUUGCAAAUGUGCACAAAGUGGCUGGGUACAUAACAGCACAGGGAAGAUCAAAAGCAAGAGAGACGAACGGAUUCGUGUUCAAAGAUUGCGAGAUAGUUGGGAAGGGGAAGGCCUAUUUGGGGAGAGCAUGGAGAGAUUAUGCGACAGUCUUGUUCUACAACACCUCCAUGUCCGACGUCGUUGUCCCACAAGGCUGGAACGCUUGGUACAGCGUCGGCCGCGAGAAGCAGUUGAGAUUUGCGGAGCACAAGUGUCGUGGUAGAGGCUCCAACACUUCGAGGAGAGUCAAGUGGGCGAAUAAGCUGAGCGACGCAGAGUUGAGGCACUUCACCAGCAUUUCUUUCAUUGAUAAUCAAGGCUGGCUCAGGAACCUGCCUUUCAACGUUUUCGCUCCUUCAACUUAAAAUGGAAAUACCACAAGUACUAAUUAAUCUAGCUUUUAUGAGAUAUAAGUGUGAAUAUAUUUUCAUUGAGUUGUUUGGAGACAAGUCAAAUAACAAUGAAUAAAUUUCUGAAUUUGGUAUUACAUCUCAGGUUUAGAGAGUGUUGAAGUUGCUUCUUUCCCUUCUCAUUCCAUUUCUCAUGUGGAAAUAUAAUCAUGGCAGCUUUGACAAUCUACCCCAAAGCACACACAACACAUAGUUGGUAAGUGAACAAACCGGGGAGAAAGUCCAUAUUUUG